AUGAUCUUCUCAACUACUAUCGCCAGACCACUACAGCUGGUCACCCGCACUCUGCAAUGGUCCAGCGCCGUCAUUGUCAUGGGCUUGACCUCGUACUUUAUCAAGCUAGGACCCACGGGCCAGCACAUCAUCUACCAGGAAGUCAUCGCGGUUCUUUCCGUCGUAUUCUUCAUUCCAGCCUUCAUCUCGCCAUUCAUGCCAACUGCACUGAGCAAAUUCGUGUUGCUCAUUGACGUUGUCUUCUCAUAUCUCUGGUUGACUGCGUUCAUCUUCGCUGCCCAAGACUACAACCAGCAUUCGUGCUACUUCAAUGCCCCACCUGGUGUAUCCUGCAGCCGCAAGAAGGCCAAUGAGUCUUUCAUCUUCCUUGCUUUCAUCUUCACCUUCUUCGGCAUGUUCCUCGAAGUCGCCGGCCUCUGGGCCUAUCACAAAGGACACGCCACCACCGCCGCCCCAGUCGAGAAGCACGAGUCUGGUCCACGGCCUCCUCUGGAUGCGCCAGUUGAGCAGCAUGCUCCGGCGGGAACUGUCUAG